AACAUUGGAGUUGAUGAAACAUUGAUGAAGUUUCCCUAGAAAAGUUGAUUAAAUUUCCUGUUUCCUUCUCCCCACUCAAUGAGUUUGAAACUAUCACCAUGUCUUCUAGCAGAAAUUAACAAAUUAAUACAAUUUUUAAAUUUGUAGAAAAUUUCAUUGGGACUUUCAAUUAAUGUGUAACACGUACGCAAUAGGUAUUCUCGUCUCGUCAUGAUUAUCGGGUUGACGCGCCCACAGAAUGAUUCUGUUCAGACUCUCCUUCUUAUAUAAACAUAUAUCAAUGACUCCUCUCUACCCAGCUCAUACACUCUUUCAAAGACUUUGAAGCUCAUAAGUUCAUAACAGAAAAAAAAGAAAAAAAAUGGGAGUAAAUAAAGAGGUGGAUAGAAGAGUGACCACAGAAGCAAAAGAUGAUGAAUGUGAAAUCAAAAUUAAAAUAGUCACACAAGACGGAAGAGUUCCCACGGAAGAGCACACUGUCACUUCAGAUCAACAUCGUAUUAAUAAACCCCUACUCUGUCUUUUUGAUGGUUCCAAACUAGCAAGACAACAAUAUCUACAAAUUGGUCUUCCCCUUUACAAAGCUGCAUUGAAAAAUGAUUGGAGAGCUGCAAAAGCAAUGAUACAAAAGCAGAGCCAAUUAUUAAGAACAGCAAUUACUUGGGCUGAAGAAACUGUUCUUCACAUUGCCACUGGAGCAAAACACGUACAGUUUGUGAAGGAAUUGAUAAAUUUGAUGGACGAAAUCGAUGUGGCUUUGCAAGACUCUAAAGGGAACACUGCAUUUUGCCAUGCAGCUCUGAAUGGAAGCAUAGAAAUUGCAACCAUUAUGAUCCAGAAAAAUGAGAGUUUACCACUCAUACGCGGUGGCCAAGGAAUGACACCCCUCUACAUGGCUACUUUGUUUGGUCAAAGUGAAAUGUCAUGGUUUUUAUAUCCUUUAACAAAGAGUAUUCUUGGAAAAGGAGAACGGAUUGGAAUUUUCUUCAAUUGUAUCAACUUUGAUUUGUAUGAUCUAGCCUUGAAAAUGUUUGAAGACGACAGAGCGCUGGCCAUGGCUUGUGAUAUGCAUAACAAUACCGCGUUGCAUAUUUUAGCAAGGAAGCCCUAUGCAUUUUGUCAUCACAAAACUUCUACAAUACGAACAAGCUACACCUUCUCAAAGUGCAAUCAAGCCCUUCAACUUGUUAAACACAUAUGGAAGGAGAUUCUAGUAUGUUUACCUAAUGUCGAGGUGCAUAAUCUAAUAAACACACCAACUAGAUUAUUAUUUGAGGCAGCUGAAUUAGGUAAUUAUCAAUUUUUGGUGGAGCUUCUUGGUUUAUACCCUGAUUUGGUAUGGGAAGUAGAUGAAAAAAACAGAACCAUAUUCCAUAUUGCUGUUCUAAAUCGCCAUGAAAACAUAUUCAGUUUGAUACAUCAAAUUGGCUCAGCUAAGGAUAUCAUAAUAACGUUUGAAGAUGAUGAGAAUAACAAUAUGUUACACCAUGCUGCAAUAUUGCCUCCUUCACAUAAACUCAACAUUGAACUUGGAGGAACACUACAUUUAGAGCAAGAGUUAUCCCUUUUCAAGGAAGUGCAAAGGAAUAUGCUGCCUUCAUUUGCACACAUGAAAAAUUCAAAUGGCUUAACGCCUGAAGAUGUAUUCAUCAAAAUGUAUUACCCUUUUCUCGAAAGUGCUAAAAGAAGGAUGAAACGUACAACUAAAUUGUGCCUUAUGAUUUCUAUCCUUGUUUUUAUCGGAAUUAUGAUCACAACAUCAUUAUCUUUUUAUAAUGAUAUUAAAAAACCAAAAGAAAAGUUCUUAGAAGAAUUAGCAUUAUUUUUCUCAUGCAUAUCAACAUUAGCUUUCUCCUAUAUUCUCACUUCAAACAAUUUAAGGAUUGAAAGACUCACUACAUUACAGUACAAGUUGAAGAUUGGCCUUGGAAUGCUGUUCAUCUCUAUGUCAAUGAUGUUGUUAGCGUUUAUAUGAAACUUUGUUCUCAACCUUUUUCUCAUCCUCAUUUAUAAAAUAAUGAAAAGGCUACAACUAUCUAAAUUAGUUGUAAUGUGUAUUCAUUUUGUUUUCCAUGUUUGUCUUUGGGGUUUUCUAAUUCAAUAAAGACUAUUCUGUGUGGCUCGUGUGUUAGGGUUUAUGUCCUAAAAAGUCUGUAAAGACAUUUUUAAUUAUUAAUAAAUAAUUGAAUAUUUUGAUA